AUGGCUGACAAGAACUACCAAAUCGCUGACGUUGGAGAGAUCUCUGAAGCUCUUUGCAUUUCAGACCGCUUGUUCCUUGUUAAUUUGGAACUAACCACAACAGAGAGUGACGUCCGUGGUUUCCUGACAGACAACGGGAUCCAAGCCACAAAACUCGAAUUCGACACUGAAAUCGAUAUGCACAACGAGCAAAAGAAGAUUUGCAACGUCACUUUGGCAUCUCCCGACCAAAUGGGAAAGGCCAUGAUGUACUUGAACGGUUCAUCCAUGAAGAACCAUUCCGUUGUCUACACUCAUAGGCACCUCAAACGGUUUCUCACCGCCGAAGUGACCGGCUUCGAAGAAACCACGACCGAGGCGAUGAAGAAGGUGAUUGAGACUACACUAGGAAAGUACGGUGUUCUCUCCGUCUACAUUUCUCCACAGAAGAGCACUGCCCAUGUGGUCCUCUGUGGUAACGAGGAUGAGGACACGCCGAGUGGUGUUGAUGAGGAUAAAGACGGUGAUGAGGUUGUGCCGAGUGGUGUUGAUGAGGAUGGUGUGGACAGCUGUGACGAGUCCACGCUCGGUGCUGGUGAGAACCUACGAAGAUUCGCUCUCUUCAAGUGCAAGAUACGAAAGGAAGGAAAAGUACAGGUUGGCUCUCUCUGUAUCGAAGAGGUGAGGAAUAUGUUGAAAAAAUUCGUCGAAGAAGGAGGAUUUGACCUCGCCGCAGCUGUUAAGAGAGACGGACGUGACUUCAACGAGUAA